AUGAGUGCUCCAGAUCUGGAUUUCGGGCUUCACAUAGAAACAGCACGACUGCAAGAGUUCUUGGCUCAAUUGCUCCGUUCCCAGGAGCUUAUGCAAAGACGCCAAGACGAGCUCACAUCCACAGUCGACGCAUUGCUUAAAAAGCUGGAUAGCGGUGAACAUGGUAUCGAGGAGCAGCAACAAGUUCUGCAAAAGCUACAGAGUGAUAUCGUCAGCUUGUCAGAGCGUCUUGACUCAUUUGACAAGCUACGUAUUGGAGAGAAAAUGGAAAGAUAUGACAGUGAUCACAGUGAUAUCAAAACAUUUCAGUCACAGAUUUCUCAACUUGAUUCGAAAGUGGGGUCCGCUGACCUCGCACACAUUGGAGUUUAA